CCCAGCCCUAGCCCACAGACCAGGACUCAAUGACAUCCCCUUUCGUUUUUGCUCAGCAAAUCCCCAUGCGAUCCAACAAUGGAGGGCUUGGCUUCCUUCCGGGCUGUUGCUUCUCUCUCUUCCCGCCCCAGAAACCCCAUUUCCGCCUCCGCUUUCGACGCUCGUAGAGCAAAGUGGCUCUCUCUUCCUUCGUCGUCUUUUUCCUUUGUUCGAGCUCAGCAGAUGGAGUCUAAGGGCACUGCGCUGUCGGCGGUUGCGGUGGAAGGUGAACAGGAGCCGGAGAAAGUUGAGCUGAAAAUCAAGGAAUGGGAGGUGGGUAUGUACCACAAUGAGGUGGCUGCGAGUCAGGGAAUUAGAAUCAGGAGGAGGCCUCCCACAGGACCCCCUCAGCACUAUGUGGGACCUUUCGAGUUCCGGUUGCAGAACGAGGGCAACACUCCACGGAAUAUUCUGGAGGAAAUCAUAUGGCACAAGGACACUCAAGUUGCUCAGUUGAAGCAGAGGCAACCUCUGUAUUCAUUGAAGAAAGAUCUUGACAAUGCUCCGCCGGUGAGGGAUUUUGUUGGAGCUCUGAGGGCGGCGCAUUCACGAACUGGUCUGCCCGGUUUGAUUGCUGAAGUGAAGAAGGCUUCCCCAAGUAGAGGAGUUUUGAGGGAAAAUUUUGAUCCUGUUGAAAUUGCACAAGCUUAUGAAAAAGGGGGAGCUGCUUGUCUUAGUGUUUUGGCAGAUGAAAAGUAUUUUCAGGGAAGCUAUGAAAAUAUGGUGGCGAUAAGAAAUGCUGGAGUUAAGUGCCCUCUGUUGUGCAAAGAAUUUAUCAUCGAGGCUUGGCAAAUCUACUAUGCUCGAACCAAAGGUGCAGAUGCGAUUCUUUUGAUUGCUGCUGUUUUGCCUGACCUUGACAUCAAAUACAUGACAAAGAUCUGCAAGAUGCUUGGCAUGGCAACACUUGUUGAGGUGCAUGAUGAGAGGGAAAUGGACCGUGUUCUUGGCAUUGAGGGGGUUGAGUUAAUUGGCAUCAACAACCGCAAUCUUGAAACAUUUGAGGUUGAUACUAGUAACACAAAGAAGCUUCUUGAAGGAGAGCGUGGCGAAUUGAUCCGUCAGAGAGACAUCAUUGUGGUAGGAGAAUCUGGACUGUUUACACCAGAUGACAUUGCCUAUGUACAAGAAGCUGGUGUUAAAGCGGUUUUGGUAGGAGAGUCAAUUGUGAAACAGAAUGACCCUCAGAAGGGAAUAGCUGAACUUUUUGGUAAAGACAUUUCCUUAUAAGUCAGUUUAGGGAGAUUAGAGCCCGCUUGUUCGAACACAAACUUGGUUGACCACAGAAGGUUCAAACACAGACUUAAGUUGGACGUGUGAUAAUUGUACUUGUGUAUCAAUGAGUGAAGUUGAAUAAGUUUGGAUGCCUCAA